AUGGAUACUUGGGCUGAUAAGGGUGCUAAAAUGGAUUCAGAUGCAGGUGAUGAUAAUUGGGAGAAGUCGUUCAGCACUCCUGAGGCAUCAAAUAAAAAUGACCCAUGGGGCAAAUCAGAAAAUACAUGGGAGAAAAGAAAAGGAGCUGGAGGUGAUGGUGCUUGGGAGAAGAAGUCUGAUGAUGGCCAUGGCAAGUGGGAGCAUCCCAGCAACUGGAAUGGGGGCAAAAAGAAGGCAGAUGGUAACUACCAAUGGGAGGAGCAGCCAAGCACUUACAAACAGAAGAAGACAAAUGCUGAUCAUGAUUCCUCCUAUAACAAUGUGAUGCCACCAUCAAGCAAUGCUUGGAAUGCUGGAGAUGGAAUUGGAAGACCAAAUGCUAAGUCUAAUGCAAGAUCUAGUUGGGGUGAGAAAGAUAAGAUGGAGUCUGAUGAGCAUCUGAAAGUUCCAAAAAAAUCACACACAUGGAAUACAGGGAAAUCAAAUGAGAGUCCAUGGGAUAACACUGAUGCACUACAGGAUUCUUGGGUUAACAGUGCAACUCGCAAUAACAACGCUCAUGAUGGUUCAUGGGACAAAGUAGUAGCUAUAAAGGAUCCUGAUUCACAGCAAGAUUCAUGGAGUAGUGUUGAGUAA